AUGGACGAGCGCCGGCGAGAGCGCAACUGGAGUAUGCAGGUCACGGCACUGUACGACUACGAGCCUGAACAACUGGACGAGUUGGGCUUUCGAGAAGGCGACGUGCUGCGAGUGCUGCGUGUUCAAGAUGACGGGUGGUGGUCCGGGUACAACGUGGGAACCCCCAACGCUGUCGGCCUCUUCCCGUCCAACUACGUCCAGGCCCAGAGGAGCGUUGCACCACUUCAAAGUACUAAGAAGACACUGGUCGAUGCAGUCACGACCCCGAGACCCCCUGCAAGUUCGCGACAACGGAUUCAGCAGGAGGCUCGACAAGCACCCGACACACCCGAGCUCGAGGAUGAAGAGGAAGAAGAAGAUGACGAAGUUCAAGAGCUGCGUGGUGGAUUUCGUGGUCACAUUGGAACAGUUCUUCAGCUGAGGAAGAAUCUGGAGGAAUCUGAGCGAGCUACGAACGCAGUGCGAGAUGCCCGACGCCAGGUUCGUCAUGCGCGAUACAUGAGUUUGUACUGUUUAGUGCUGCAACUAACGCUGUAUACAUCUAUAGGCAGAGCGAGAUAA